AUGGGUAAAACCUCAGUCUGGUCAGUGGUGAAUUCGACCCCCCCUCCUCCGCCCUCUUCGCCGGGCCAGCACAACGAAUGUUAACACCGAAUCCAGUCAAGUCACCUAUCAAUGACCUUUACACGCGGGUCUCCUUCUUUCCAUUUCAAGGUCCAUCAACGCCUCAAAUAGCGUUUUAUCGUAUAUCUGUGUCUAUUCCUGUGGCGUUCGCGAUCUCUGUCUCUUCUUCUGGAGUCAUUUCAUGCGUCUUUUUCUUGGGGGUUUCACUUUUCACUCUUCCAGAGUCAGGAUACAACUGUUUCCUUUUUCUUCUAUUUGUUCCAAAAACGAUUUAAAAAGCGUUCAACGGCUACUUGCCCAAC